UAGGCUUCUUGGUAGCUAACAAUAGCUCUGCAAGUUUACUGUGGAAGAAGAGCAGCCAGCAGGGCGAUUGAGCGGAGCGCAGCCGAGAGGAGAGCACAGUUUGCCGAGUACAUGAGACGGUGUGUCCCGGUGUCGGAAAUUAUCACACCUCAUUCUGGGAUUUACAUUUGCAACCAGACAAGUGGAGCGGCUGCAGCCUAGCUAAGGAUGUCUGAUAAUGGGGAGGUCGAGGACAAGCCCCCUGCUCCGCCCAUGAGGAACACCAGCACCAUGAUUGGCUCCUGCAACAAAGACCCCGCCCCCCUCAACCACGGCUCCAAGCCCCUCCCACCAAACCCGGAGGACAAGAAGAAGAAGGACCGCUCCAUCCGCUUCAUCCUGACGGGGGGGGGGGACAGAGCCUAUAAGAAGAAGGAGCGUCCAGAGAUUUCUCUGCCGUCUGAUUUUGAACACACCAUCCAUGUGGGCUUUGAUGCUGUCACCGGGGAGUUCACUGGCAUGCCGGAGCAGUGGGCUCGGCUCCUGCAGACUUCCAACAUCACCAAACUGGAGCAGAAGAAGAAUCCUCAGGCUGUCCUUGAUGUCCUAAAGUUCUACGACUCCAAAGAAACGGCCAACAGCCAGAAAUACAUGAGCUUCACAGAUAAAAAUGCAGAUGCCUACUGCUCCUCCACCACAACGGGCUCCAAGGCCGUGUCGGAGACGCCCGCCAUAGCAACCGUAUCCGAAGACGACGAUGAAGAUGAGGCUGAGCCCCCACCGGUAAUCGCCCCUCGGCCAGAACACACCAAAUCAAUAUACACUCGCUCAGUGAUCGAGCCGCUCCCUCCUCCUCCCACCAAAGAUGCUGCGACCUCCCCCAUCACCAUGCCGACAGCCGCUGGCACCCCUGCCCCUGCUGCAGAGGGAGCUCCCAGCAGCCCACCCAGUGCAUGCCCCGCCCCCGGGCCUUCUGUGCCCCGCCCCCAGGACAAGACCAGGAAGAAGAAGAUGUCGGACGAGGAGAUUCUAGAGAAACUACGGACCAUCGUAAGUGUGGGAGACCCCAAGAAGAAGUAUACACGGUUUGAGAAGAUUGGACAGGGGGCGUCUGGGACGGUGUACACAGCCAUAGACAUCGCUACAGGACAGGAGGUGGCCAUUAAACAGAUGAACCUGCAGCAGCAGCCCAAGAAGGAACUGAUCAUCAAUGAGAUCCUGGUGAUGAGGGAAAAUAAGAAUCCAAACAUUGUCAACUACCUAGACAGUUACCUGGUUGGAGACGAGCUGUGGGUUGUGAUGGAGUACCUGGCCGGAGGGUCGCUGACUGACGUCGUCACGGAGACCUGCAUGGAUGAAGCCCAGAUAGCUGCUGUGUGCAGAGAGUGUCUCCAGGCAUUGGAGUUCCUCCACUCGAACCAGGUCAUCCAUCGAGACAUUAAGAGCGACAACAUCCUGCUGGGCAUGGAUGGCUCCGUCAAACUCACUGACUUUGGGUUCUGCGCUCAGAUCACUCCGGAGCAGAGUAAACGCAGCACCAUGGUGGGGACUCCCUACUGGAUGGCUCCAGAGGUGGUGACCCGCAAAGCCUACGGCCCCAAAGUGGACAUCUGGUCUCUGGGCAUCAUGGCCAUAGAGAUGGUGGAGGGGGAGCCGCCGUACCUGAAUGAAAACCCCCUGAGGGCGCUGUAUCUCAUAGCAACCAACGGGACUCCGGAGCUGCAGAACCCGGAGAAGCUGUCGACGACCUUUAGAGACUUUCUGACCCGAUGUCUGGAGAUGGACGUGGAGAAGAGAGGCUCGGCUAAAGAGCUGCUGCAGUGUGUGUGUGUGUAA